AAUAAUAAACGUCAGUCAGAAAAAAAUAGCUCUGAAAUAAUAAAUUCUAUUUACAACUCUCGCAACUCUCCCGCCAAAACAUCUUAUAUUUGCAUAAACCGGAAGCAGCAUUGGUUUUGUUAUUGUCAAGCCCGAAAAAUUGUUCGGGAUGGCGGCAAAUGAUGGAGAGGAGGAGGCUACUGUAUCUCUGGUGGACGUCUUGGAGGAGGAUGAAGAGCUGGAGAACGAAGCCUCCGCUGUUCUUGGAGGCAGUGAUUCAGAGAAAUGCUCGUAUCCAGAGGGAUAUGUGAAGCGUCAGGCGCUGUAUGCCUGUAACACCUGCACGCCAAAAGGAGGAGAGCCAGCUGGCAUCUGUCUGGCAUGUUCCUACAAGUGCCAUGAAGGCCAUGACCUUUUUGAGCUCUAUACCAAGAGGAAUUUCCGAUGUGAUUGUGGGAAUGAUAAGUUUGGGGAAAUGGAGUGCAAGCUAUUUGCGGAUAAAGAAAAAGUGAAUUCAGGGAACAAAUACAGCCACAAUUUUUUUGGCUUGUAUUGCACAUGUGACAGACCCUACCCAGAUCCAGAGGAUGAGGUUCCUGAUGAGAUGAUCCAGUGUAUUGUGUGUGAAGACUGGUUCCAUGGUCGGCAUUUAGGCUGCGUAGUGCCAGACUGUGUGGAGCUGCAAGAGAUGAUCUGUGAGUCGUGCAUGAAUAAAACACCUUUCCUUUGGAACUAUGCUGCACAUAUUGCAGUGCCAGCCAUAACAAAAGUAAGUCAAUGCAAAGGAGAGGAGGAUGUGAAGGUUGAGGUAGAAAAUGAUGAAGAGGAGAAGAAGAUUAAAAAUGAGAACCCGAAGAGCCCUGUAGAGGAGAAGGUGCAGGUCAAUGGGACGUCCGCCUGUAAGCGGAAACACCAGGAAGAAACCGAAGGUUCCUCAGAGGAGGGUUCGUGCUCUGGUUGCAGGCUGAGAGAGAUGAAGUCCUCGGGGAAGAGCCGGACUCUGCAGGGUGCUGUGUUCUGGCCCUCUGCCUGGCGCACAAAGCUCUGCACUUGCACCGACUGCAAGGUCCUCUAUGCAGAUGCAGGAGUGUCUUUCCUCACGGAUGAGAUGGACACUGUCCUGGCGUAUGAAAACAAGGGUAAGUCCACAGAGCAGGCUGAACAAGCAGGUGGAGCCGAGGGUCGCGACCCCUUGAUGUCAGCUCUAAACAACUUAAAUCGGGUUCAGCAGCUGGAGAUCAUCCAUGAAUAUAAUGACAUGAAGACAGAACUGAAGGACUACCUGCAGCGAUUUGCAGCAGAAGGAAAGGUGGUGACACCUGAGGACAUCCGUCAAUUCUUUGAACAGCAGCAAAGCCGCAAGAGACGACGAGCCAACGCAGGCCAGUACUACUGCAGUUAAACAGCCUUUCACUCUGCCACUUCAAGCAUACCAGCCCCAUGCAAUCCUUCAUUUCCCCCCCCCCAGUCUGUUCAUUUCAAGGCCACCCAUGGAUUUGUAAAAUAAAUAAAUAUGCAGUUCAAAUUCAGGCCCUCAUAACCUUGUAUGAUUUUGACCUUGCAUAGUGAUGUUUCCAAACCUGCCAGGGCUUGAUUUUGAGAUGACGUUCUGUUCAACUUGUGCUGAUUGGCUCUCAGUGUCCAGAUGCAUUAUGGAAAGAUAAAAACAAUGGAUUUAUGGAAAAGCACUUCUAUAAUGUCACAGAAAUGUGACAUAUGAUUUUGUCAAUCCUCAGGAGCUCUCUGUUUUAAGCUAUUUAAAACAUGGCUUGUUAUUUACAGAGGGCUAUUAGGGAAGUCACAAUCACAUGACUGCAGUCAGUAUUCAUUCUGUUCUGAUGAGAUGGCAGAUAUUCACAUUCAUGUAUGCUGGGUAAAUAGUUCUAUUGGAAAUAUCUGUUUAGUUAAACCCAUGCAAGCGCUUUUUCAGGUUGUUGAGGUACAAUUGUGAAUUGUCUAGUAACGCUUUACUCAUUUGAUCUUGUUUUAACCUGUUUUGUUUGUAGAUUCUGUUACUUUUUAAUGUUCUAUCUUUGAGAAAUAAACAUGGUAAUACAUUUGG